AUGUCGCUUAACACAGCAAAGAAGCCGGUGAUCGCAGUGGUGGGCGCCGGUCCAGGAAUCGGAGAAGCAGUCGCCCGUGGAUUCGCAGCAGAGGGCUUCGCUACGGCACUCCUCGCUCGUACCGAAGACAAGCUACAGACCAUGGCCCAAGGCAUCGACAAAGACUUUGGACAAGGCACAGCACGGUACUACAUCACUGACCUUCGAGUCGAGGAGUCCGUCAUCGCAAGCUUCAAAAAGAUCGCCAGCGAGCUCGGCCCAGUGGAAGUCCUCGUCUACAAUGCUGGAGCACGACGAGUCAAUGGCCGCAAGAUCUUGGACACAUCGUCUGAGGAGUUUGAGAACUUUACCAAGAUCAAUCUGUUCGGAGCUUUCUGGUCGACAAAGUGUGUCCUGCCUGCUAUGCUGGAAGCAAAGAAAGGCACGAUCCUCUUCACCGGUGCAACUGGUGCACUCCGCGGGCCGCCCGGUCUUUCAAGCUUCUCACCUGGCAAAUUCGGACUCAGAAGUCUCUGCCAGAUCAUCACACGAGAAUAUCAGCCGGACGGUAUUCAUGCUGCUUUCAUUGUCGUCGACAGUCCCGUGGAUGGCAAGCUCAUCGGCGGUGUGUCCCGUAGGAAGUGGGAGCGUGAAGGCGCGAAGGAGAAGCUGGAAGACCUGGAUGCAUAUUUGAUGCAGCCAAACGAUCUCGCGCAGACGUAUUGGUUCCUACAUACCCAGCCACGAAGUGCUUGGACGCAUGAGAUUGAUGUCCGCCCGCAGAAGGAGGGCAUGUACAGUAGAUUGUGA